AUGAUAUUGGUGGGAAGUUAUUUGCGGUCUAUAAGAGUGAAGUUUACAGUUUUUGGGGCAGUACUAGUAUUAUUGAUUUUGAUUACAAUUAGCGAAACUUGGAAAUAUGAUAGCUAUAUAAGUCCUAUUUCUAUUAAAGGGUAUUAUGCUUCCAUUUCUAAUGAAAAGUUUACCGAUGAAGAUAUCCGAAAGUUCAAAGCAGACAAGACAGAGGCAUAUACAUUUUGGAACAAAGUAUUCAAAAUUAUAAGGGAAAAUAGGUUACAUCUUAAUAAGUCUGAACUACGCAAUGCAAUAAGUUACACCAAAGUUUCUGGGAAGAAAAUAACAAACACGAAAGAAGUAUUGCUAUCUAAGGCAAUCAUUUCGGAUAAGGCAUUUAAAGAAUUACAAGUAAGGCAUAAAAAUGUACUUGAAGAGUUACCUUCAGAGUUACCUACAACAACUUAUAACCUUGAGUCCAAUGGAAUUGUAUUUGUUGGAGGAGGAAAAUUUUCGUGGUUAUCUUAUUUAUCACUCCUAAGUUUAAGAGAGACAGGAUCCAAAUUACCAGUAGAAGUUAUAAUGCCUACAUAUUUUGAUUAUAAACAAGAACUCGAGUUUUGUAUUGAAAUUCUUCCUAAACUUAACGCCUCGUGCGUUGUUAUCCCUGAUGCUUUUGGAGCUUCAACAAUGAAUAGAUGGAAUAAAAAGAUUAAAUCAUAUCAGUUUAAAAUUUUAGCCGUAUUGGCAUCAUCUUUCCAAAACGUUUUAUUAUUGGAUUCAGAUAAUAUUGUCAUUGAGAACCCUGAUCCAUUUUUUGAUAGUGAUCUAUACAAGAAAUACGGAAUGAUUACCUGGCCUGAUUAUUCUGAACGUACAAUUUCUCCUCAUUUCUAUAAUAUAUCAGGGACUGAGGUAAAUGAGAGAAAAAGAGUUAGGUAUGACAGACUUCCAAUAGGUUACACCGAAAGUAAUGAUAACUUGUCAGAUGCUGAAAGAGAUUCCGUACCCUUUCAUGAUCUAGAUGGUACUGUACCUAAUUUAUCAACGGAAUCGGGUCAACUUUUCAUUAAUAAACUAUCACACGGGAGAACUUUAUUGUUGUCUUUGUAUUAUAACUUAUAUGGACCUAAAUUAUAUUAUAAAUUAUUUUCCUUGGGUGAAUUAGGAGAAGGUGAUAAAGAUACUUUUACAGCUGCCGCUACUGUUUUAAAACAAAAGUUUUACCAAUUGAAAUCCCCUAUUAAGGGUAUAGGACAUUAUGGUAAAGGUAAUCCUCUUCAAGGGAAAGCAAUGGCACAAAAGAAUCCACUUAAAGAUUAUGAAAUAUUCAAAGAACGAGUGUUGAAACCUCUUGUUGAACAAGAAAAGAGCACGGUUCCAUUAAAUGAACGCUUACAAUGCGCGGAACAAAUAAUAAAAGAUCAUUUUACUUCAGAUAAUGAUAACCCUAUAUUUGCAAUGCAUUGUCGUUCUCCAAAAAUUGACCCUGCUAAUAUAAUGCGAAGAGAUAGUAUCUAUGAUAAAAAAGAAAAAAGAUUGCACUAUAGGAUGUACAAGGGUUUUUCAUUUGAAAGGAAAUCGGUUGAAAACAAUACUACAAUCGAUUUUGAAUUAACGCAAUGGGCUAACAUGCAAAGAGCUCUAUGUAUAAAGAAGCUCCGUUUUAGACAUUUUGACCAAGAGGAUAAUACAGAAUUAUGCAACUUUAUUGACAACCAAGUCAGUUGGUUAUCGAAUUCCGAAUAG